GCCAUCAGAGGCUUGCUCGCUACCACAGCCCUACCAUGCCAGGAGGGGAGCCUGGCCACGGACACGGGUGAGAGAGGAGAACCACCUUUUCACUCAUUAAUGCUUAGUGCAGCUGAGAAGGGAAAAGGGGAGGAGAAGAAAUGAGCCUGAUGGAGGGGGUAAUAUAGAGAGUGCAGAAGAGUAAGAGAUAAAAUAAGAGACAGAAUGUGGGUGAUAAAGGACUAACCUGCCAUGCAGAGUAGCAAAAAAAAAAAAGAAAAGACAGUGACUGAAAUUAUCCUCUGCUGCUCUAGAUUAGGGUAGCGCUAGAAAGAAGAGGCUGGAGUGUGGAAAAGAAAGGAAGAAAAAUGAUGGAACAUUGAUGGAAAGAAAACGCUCACACAAUGUCUGCAUCUAUGCUGGCAUGCUUGCUGCUCCUGAUGCUUUGUGCAGUGUCUGUGCUGGCUAUCUGUCCCCUGAUGUGUUCCUGUGGCAGGGGACAUCGAGUAGUGGACUGCUCUGGCCAAGGCCUCGUACUGCUACCAAACAGCCUGCAGCACAACAUUAAUUUCCUCAACUUGUCCCACAACCGGCUACAAGACCUAGAUGGAGCUCUCAGCCACUUCGCCCACUUAAGAACUCUGGAUAUCUCACACAACCAUCUCGACCACCUUCCGGUUGGCCUACCGCGAGCACUGUGGGACAUCCAUGCAUCGGCUAAUCGUAUUCGUCACCUUGAGAAAAAUGACACUGCUUUCCACUGGAACCUGCAGUCCUUAGACUUAUCAAACAAUCAGUUAGAACGUGUGGUUUUCAUUAACAACACACUACCCAGUCUACAAAUACUCAACCUAAGCCACAACAAGUUCUGGACUGUGCCAACCAACAUGCCCAACAAUCUGGAAGUGGUGGACCUGUCCCACAACUUUCUGCUACAGAUACUGCCUGGCUCACUAGACCGCCUUCCCAGACUGUCUCAAUUUUAUUUGCAUGCUAAUCGCUUUGCUUUAGUGAGUGAGGGUGUAUUCAAUCGGCUGGAAGCAUUGCAACUCCUUACACUUGGGGAUAACCCCUGGGCCUGUGAGGAUGAGGAAAAUAUCACGCAUCUACUAAACUGGGUACAGCAGACCCCAGCAAAGGUGCUGGGCUGCCCUUGUUACAUCAGGCCUACGUGUGGAGAAGCCCACCUGUCCACCACCAGAACCCGGCACUCGGCUUCAUACACUGAAACGCCAUUGGGUGCUGACACACGAGAUCAACCACAUGUGCAUGCGGUCACUUCGGGAUACCUGUCCAAAUCAGCAUCGCUCAACUUUCCAUACAAUUGGAGUACUGAAAAUACCUCUGGAGCAUCUGAGCAGGCAAAGACCAAGGGUGUGGGACUUCUCACGUCCACACUGUACAGUCUCUCAACCCAGACAAGCACACCAAUCCGUACACGGAGCACCAAAAAGGUAUUGCCUGGUAAAGCUCGCGGCACAAGCAUCCAAAUCCAUCCCUGCAAACCUCAUACUGUCGCAUUAAACCUUUUGGGCACAGCAAUCAUCCUCAGUAACUUCUGAUUUUGCAUCAAGCUGGAAUAAUUCCUGGCCAAGAAUCUGCAGUUGGUCAGGAUGUAAAACUUAUUGAUGUAAGGAACGGUCAAAAGGUUCUUAUCUUCUUGGCUUUUAACUACACAGUUUGAUUGCUCCUGACCCUAUGGGUAAUGUCUAUGGUAUGUGUGGUUUUGUCUGGGGAAAACCUUUUCAUGCUGUGGCUGAAUUCUUUCAAACAACUGAAAAUUAGGGAGGAAGAGGAAAAAAAAAAAAAAUUCCCCAAAACAGGGGUUUCUGCAAGAUAAAAAUAAUACUUCAUGAUUAUACCAACAUAAGAAUAUUUCACCACAAUUUAGUGGAAAUGGCUGCCUUGCCUAGGCUAUACUUCUGCAAAACUCAUAUUUGCCAAAGUACAAGGAUAAAACAAGAAAAAAAACCACAAAAAACAGGGGUUAAAAAAGAGAAAGAAAAAAGCGUUAGUCUUCCAAAAAGUUUUCCCUUACACACUGAAUGUCAGACUUUUUUAAAGCAUUUACAAAACAAAAACCUUAUGAAAGUGAAGUUGAAAACAAAAACUGACUAUCUGGUUACCCCCAAAUGUCACAAAAGGUAAAAACUCACUGUGUAGUGAGAAACAAAUUUUUAAGUAUCCCCUUUUGACCAUUGUGACCAGAUGUCAAAAUGUGGUUGAGAUUCAGUCAAAAGAAAAACAGUUCAAGGAAAGGCUGUAGUUCUCAGAUCUAUGCAUGGGAGAAAAUGUCUAAAUGGCACUAGGUGAAGGGGUUUUCCUGGACACCACACAUAGUCACUGUCUGCUUUAAAUAAAUUGAUCAGUAUUCUGUAGGCAGUAUGUCUGUCAUGCACAGUUAUCUUGCAAACUUAUAGAAAUGCAUACAAAUGACUUAAAACCAUAGUGUGGGAAAAAAGAUCUCUCCUGUAUUAUGCUCGUCCAUAGAAACAGUAUAAAAUGGUAUUUUACACGUCAUACCAAGAAAAAUAUAGCAAGAGACACUUUACUCAAAUGAAAAAUAAAGUCUAUCAUGCAAACAGAUGUUAUUAUAAAUGAUUGCUGCAUGUGAUGUGCUUGCUCCAUCUCUAAACAGACGUGAUUGAUAUGUCUCAUCAGUCUUUGAAUCAUCAACUAGGUGGAACUUCACGUAGUUAAAGCUGCCUAGACAUUUUCUCUUAGUGCUUCUACUACAUUAAGAGCUUUCCAAACACACCACAGCAUCAUAAAGAUCAUAAAACAUUUAGCACUAGGUGAUGAUACUGUAAGAGCUGAGCAACGCUUGCUGAAUAGAUGCUAAUC